UUGACUGUUGCUUUGACCCUCGACCUGCUACUGAAUGCGAUUGCCAUUUUCCAUUUGCUUUUGAAUAAAUCAACAAUUAGGCGCUUUUGUUAAUAUUUAUUUAAUAUAAUUACUUCGGAUGCGUGCUUUGGAGGGACAAAUUCCACUAGGAUUUGGUUGCUUCUCUUUGAGGGCAUUCUCUCCCCUCUCCUCUCCUCUCUUCCCUGAAACUCAAGCCUGACCAGAUCCAACCACCUACUCUUCCUAACCCCACAUUGUGCACUUUCUCUCUCAUCCAAAGUUUCUUCAUUCUCUCUCUACUUAUUUCUCUAUCAUCAAAGAAUUUAUCGAUUCUCUUUACUCUCUACCUCGAUUUGUUGUGAUUAUACUUUCUGCAAACAUGGAACCCUUUUAAUCGGAUUACUUGCCUCAGUUCCUCUCAAAUUUAGGGCUUUUUUGGGAGGAAUUUGCUAUGGUUUCUCCAAAUGUGGAGGAUUACUGACUGGAAAACUUGGGGUUUUUCCCCACUAUCAAGUGAUUUUUUCCCACUACAGGAAUUUGAUGCCUGUUCAGAGUUGUGUUCAGUUGAUUGGAGAAAAAUUAGGGAAAGGAGGAGAUUCUUUUGGGCUUUCCUCUGAGGAAGGCUCUGCAAGAUGUCGGCUUCUCUGGCACCUUUCGAUCGCCCUAGAAAUGGUGUUGCUAAUACUGUUUUCAAGAGUGGACCUCUUUUCAUAUCAUCUAAAGGGUUAGGUUGGAAGUCAUGGAAGAAGCGCUGGUUCAUCCUCACACGUACAUCUUUGGUUUUCUUCAAAAAUGAUCCUCAGAGUGCACUUCCCCAGAGAGGUGGUGAAGUUAAUUUAACUUUAGGUGGGAUUGACUUGAAUAAUUCUGGGAGUGUGGUUGUUAGGGAAGACAAGAAAUUAUUGACUGUGCUUUUCCCUGAUGGACGUGAUGGGAGGGCUUUUACCCUUAAGGCAGAAUCGUCAGAGGAUUUGUUCGAGUGGAAAACAGCUCUGGAACAUGCAUUGGCACAUGCACCUAGUCCAGCCCUUGCAAUGGGGCAUGAUGGAAUUUUCCGUACUGAUGGAUCUGAUGAGAUUGAAGGAUCAUAUGAACAAUGGAGAGAUAAUCGCUUGGUGAAGUCCUUGGUCGUUGGCAGGCCAAUUUUGCUUGCUUUGGAAGAUAUUGAUGGGGCACCAUCAUUUUUAGAAAAAGCGCUUUGUUUCCUGGAGAAAUUUGGGUCAAAAGUUGAGGGAAUUUUGCGGCAGUCUGCAGAUGUAGAAGAGGUUGAUCGCAGAGUUCAGCAAUACGAACAGGGGAAGACAGAAUUUACUGCAGAUGAAGAUGCGCAUGUUGUUGGGGACUGUGUUAAGCAUGUUCUUCGAGAGUUACCAUCAUCUCCAGUUCCAGCAUCUUGCUGCACUGCGCUACUGGAAGCAUACAAGAUUGAGGGGAAGGAUGCUCGGAUCAACGCUAUGCGUGCUGCAUUAUCCGACAGUUUUCCAGAACCAAAUCGGCGGCUACUGCAGAGGGUUCUCAAAAUGAUGCAUACUGUUGCUUCUCACACAUCUGAGAAUCGGAUGACUGCAUCUGCUGUGGCUGCGUGCAUGGCGCCCUUGUUGUUACGACCGCUUUUGGCUGGUGAGUGUGAGCUAGAGGAAGAAUUUACUAUGACCGGCGACAGUUCUGCACAACUUCUGGCUGCGGCAAAUGCUGCUAACAAUGCCCAGGCAAUCAUAACAACUCUUCUGGAGGAGUAUGACAGCAUAUUUGAUGAUGAAGAAUGUCGUAAGGGUUCUCCUUCCUCCAAUUUUCAUAUGCAAGAGAGUGGUAGUGAGGAAUCUACUGAUGAUGAAGAUCUAGGAAUGCGGGUCCAUGGCUACCAUGAUGCACAAGAUGUUGUUGACCCUGAUAACCAAGACAAUCUCGAGCGGGUACUUGCAAGCAGAUUGAGUGAAAGUAGCGGUAAUGCUGCGACUGACCUUUACUCUUGCAAGGUUUUUGAAGGUGCAGAUACAGAUGUGGACUCCCCUAAAGAGGUUCUCAUGUCUGCUUCAAAUCAGAAGCCAUUGUUGGAGUCACUGAACCGGCAUGGUGUAGCUAAGCAAAGCAAUGGCAAUGCACAGUUUGACAAAUAUGCCUCUACAGCUUUAUCUGUUUGUGACUCUGAUGAGUCCACUGGUGAUACUCUGGCUACAGUGAAUUCAAGACUUGGUGACCUUGGGUCUGAAUUAUGUGCAGAAAAGAAUGUCAGCAAAGUAAAUGGAUCCACACCAAAUACCAAGCGCCCCUUUUGGGGUCGCAGUGGCGCCAGGAAGAAUCUAUCCAUAGAAUCAGUAGAUUCUUCUGGGGAAGAGGAGCUUCUAAUCCAGAGGCUUGAAAUCACUAAAAAUGAAUUGCGUAACAGAAUCGCAAAGGAGGCUAAGGGAAAUGCUAUUUUGCAAGCAAGUUUAGAGAGACGAAAGCAAGCUUUGCAUGAACGACGCUUGGCACUUGAACAAGAUGUUUCGAGACUCCAAGAGCAAUUGCAAGCUGAAAGAGAUCUUCGUGCUGCACUGGAGGUUGGAUUGAGCAUGUCUUCAGGGCAGUUUUGUGGCUCCCGUAGUAUGGAUUCCAAGACUAGGGCAGAGCUUGAGGAAAUUGCUCUGGCGGAAGCAGAUGUUGCACGGUUGAAGCAAAAAGUUGCUGAGCUCCAUUCACAACUCAAUAGACAGCGUCAACACCACUUGGGGUCAUUGUCUGAUGCGUGCGAUCGUUAUCAGCGUGGUCACAAUCUUCAACCAGAACAGAGGGUUCUACAUCGAGAUUUUGACUCCACACUUGCUUUUUGUAAUAAUGAACGAAAUCUUCGAAAUGAGGAGAACUCGUUGGGAAGUGAUUGGCGAAAUGUAAAGCCACAAGUGUCAUCUGUUCGUAGUAGCAGACAGCUGUCAUGGAAACCACACCCUGAGUUGAGCCCAAUGGACUCGAAAAGCACUGAGGCGUCUACAAGUGUUUCAGCAGAUGACCUCUGUGCUGUUGAUUCCACCAUGCAAAGCACCUCUAGAGAGAUGGAAGCAGAUACUGGGUUUCAUCGGCAGCCAAUGGCAUCAUCUGCCUUGGUGGAAUUGACAUCAAGGCUUGAUUUCUUCAAAGAAAGGCGUACACAGCUCAUGGAACAGCUUCACAAUCUUGACCUUGGCUAUGGGCCAUCUUCGCAAGGCUUUGAAUAUAAAAGUUCCCCUCCAUGGACAAGCCCCUAGUGAGAGAAAUGGAGUCUGUGUACAAAGUGUUCCCUGAUUGACUAGCCGCAGUUUGAGAAACUGCAAAAGUUCUUACUGUAUAUACAUGAUGUUCCUUUUAUAGCUUGUAAUUCAUUCUCAUUUCUUUUGAUCAUGUGAGUCUGCUUUCAUGCAGUCGAUGAUUACUUCUCCUUUAGUUUGAGAUUUUAGUGUAAGAAAUGUUGUUUCUUGUAAACGGAUGUACCAAAUGAUUGAUUCUCUCUUUGGGCCAUACUUGCUGCAUUAUUGUGUAGCUGUGAUUUUGUUAGUGAAGACCAUUGUCUGAUUUGUUGGA